AGGCGGUACAGCUCCCGCGGCAAGGAAAAAUUAGAUAUGUCAGCGUAUCCUGUUGAAAGCAUUAGAAACUUCAGUAUUAUAGCUCAUGUAGAUCAUGGCAAAAGUACACUAGCAGACAGAUUGUUGGAAAUUACAGGAACAAUUUCUAAAACUGACCGUAAUAAACAAGUGCUGGAUAAACUGCAAGUGGAACGUGAAAGAGGAAUUACAGUUAAAGCACAAUCCGCGUCUCUCUUUUACAGUCAUGAAGGAGUAAACUACCUCUUAAAUCUUAUCGACACGCCAGGCCACGUAGAUUUCAGCUAUGAAGUGUCACGGUCACUGUCUGCUUGUCAAGGUGUCAUACUUGUAGUGGAUGCAAAUGAGGGUAUUCAAGCUCAGACAGUGGCAAACUUCUACCUUGCUUUUGAAGCACAGCUUGCAGUAAUUCCUGUCAUAAAUAAGAUUGACUUGAAGAAUGCAGACCCUGAAAGAGUUGAAAAGCAAAUUGAGAAGCUGUUUGAUAUCCCUAUAGAUGAGUGUGUAAGGAUUUCAGCUAAACAAGGAACAAGUGUUGAAAAAGUUCUUCACAAGGUCAUUGAGAAGAUUCCACCACCCCAGUGUAACACUGCUGAUCCACUGAAAGCCUUAGUAUUUGACUCCAUGUUUGACCACUACCGAGGCGUCAUAGCUAACAUUGCACUCUUUGGUGGGGAAAUUCAGAAAGGGCAUAAAAUUGUGUCUGCGCACACAAAGAAAAGAUACGAAGUUAAUGAAGUUGGAAUUCUGACUCCAAAUGAGCAGCCAACGCAUAAACUAUUUGCUGGACAGGUGGGCUACCUGAUUGCUGGAAUGAAAGAAGUAACAGAAGCCCAAAUAGGAGACACGCUGUUUUUGUAUAAACAGCCGGUGGAGCCUUUGCCUGGCUUUAAGUCAGCGAAGCCAAUGGUUUUUGCAGGAAUGUAUCCUGUAGAUCAAACAGAAUAUAAUAAUCUCAAAAGUGCUUUGGAAAGGCUGACAUUGAAUGACUCCAGUGUAACUGUUCAUCGUGACAGUAGCCUUGCCUUAGGAGCUGGAUGGAGGUUGGGUUUCCUUGGUCUUUUACACAUGGAAGUUUUUAAUCAACGUUUGGAGCAAGAGUAUAACAUGUCUGUUAUUUUGACUGCACCUACAGUUCCAUGUAAAGCUAUCCUUUCCUCAGCGAAGUUGAUAAAGGAGUAUGGUAAAGAAGAGAUUACUGUUAUCAACCCUGCUCAGUUUCCUGAUAAACUUUCGGUAUCUGAGUAUUUGGAGCCAACUGUUCUUGGUACUAUUGUAACACCUCAUGAAUACAUUGGGAAAAUUAUUACUUUGUGUCAGGAUCAUAGGGCAGUCCAGAAGGAUAUGUUGUACAUUGACGAACACAGGGUUAUGCUAAAAUACCUCUUUCCACUGAAUGAAAUUGUGGUGGAUUUUUAUGAUGCUCUUAAGUCUCUGUCUUCUGGUUAUGCAAGUUUUGAUUAUGAAGAUGCAGGAUACCAGGCAGCAGACCUUAUAAAAAUGGAUAUUCUUCUAAAUGGAAAUCCAGUUGAAGAACUGGCAACAAUCAUACACAAUGAUAAGGCAUAUGCCACUGGUAAAUUCCUGUGUGAACGUUUAAAAGAUGCUAUACCUAGACAGUUGUUUGAAAUAGCCAUUCAGGCUGCUAUUGGCAAGAAAAUCAUUGCAAGAGAAACGCUGAAAGCUUACAGAAAAAAUGUUGUGGCAAAAUGUUACGGUGGAGAUAUUUCAAGAAGAAUGAAGCUUUUAAGGAGGCAGGCAGAAGGGAAGAAGUUGAUGAGAAAAAUUGGCAAUGUGGAAGUACCAAGAGAUGUCUUUAUACGUGUUUUAAAGAGACAAAAUGACAAAUAGAGAUCAAUGACACAAAGCUGAUGAUUCUCUCAACUUUUUGUAGUCAGUAGCAUAAUGAGCUAAUGUAAUUUAUCACUGUGAGAGGGAACAUUUUUAAGUGGUGUAAAUCAAAUGUAUGUGGGAGCAUAAAUUAAAAGG